AUGCUCACUCGAGUUUCUACCAUCAGUCUACGACUCAUCCACCCCAAUUGCAUUUCGGAGUACCAAGUGUCCACCACCAUCAAUCGAAGCGCUGGUCCGGUAGUACGUCGAUUCUUCGGUAUGAGUUCUACCAAGUCAUCAAAGAGGCCGGUGGGCAGGAAAUUUGUGAUUGCUUGUGAUGGAACGUGGCAGAACAGUGACAUGGGAGUUGAUACCUCACCAUUCUCACCACCCAAGACUCAAAUCCCCACAAACGUAACCCGUAUCGUCAGAGCACUCAACCACCACGACGAGAAAGGAAUUACGCAAAUCGCCUUCUAUCAACGAGGAGUCGGUACCGACAACCUCGAAGAUAAACUCGUUGGUGGUCUCACGGGGAACGACAUUGGCGAACAUAUCCGAGAAGCCUAUGCGUUCCUCGCCAACAACUUCAACCCAGAAACGCAAAAGGAUCUCGAUGAUGAGACCAAGCCUCGAGACGAAAUCGUGGUCUUGGGUUUCUCACGUGGAGCCUAUACAGCUAGAGCCAUCGCUUCGUUGAUCAGUGAUGUAGGGCUUCUUACGAAGAUGGGGAUGGAGAGCUUUUGGGCGAUCUUUGGGGAUUGGAUGAAGCAGGAUGUGGAGGGCGAGCAGAGCAAAUGGUUUUUGGCGACAUAUCCAGAGGUUGCAAAGAAGUUUCAAGCUGCAAACGGGAAGAAAAUAGGGUUUACCGACAAGGAGUACAGGGAGACCUUGAUCAAUGCUGGCUUGACGAGAUGGGGAAUGCCCGUCAGAGCUGUGGGUGUGUGGGAUACUGUUGGUGCACUCGGUAUCCCUCUACCCUGGAACAGCAAGAAUGUCAAGCCUUUUUCAUUCGUCAACACCAAGGUUGCACGAGCUGUCCAGCAUGCAUUUCACGCUCUAGCUAUUGAUGAGCACCGUAACCUCUUUACUCCAACCCUCUGGGAGCAGCCAAACGAGGGGUCAGGCCAGACAGUCAAUCUCAAGGUCCUAAAGCAAUGCUGGUUUCCCGGUCCUCACAGCAACGUCGGGGGCUCGUACCCAGACGCUGGUAUUGCUAACAUUACCCUUGCCUGGAUGAUUUCCCAGCUCGAAGACACCGACGGAGGCAUCCUCUCCUUCAAUCCCGAUUACCUCGACUUCAUCCAAGACCUCAACAGCAAAUUCUACGAGAAAGAAAAAGAGGCCAUUCGCCCUUGGGGCUUUGGCAAACUCUACGACUCAUCCAUGGUCACCGACGCUAUCACGAUGGCACAAGCCAUGAAACCCAUCAUCAGAACCCCAGGCCGGUACCACCGUGUCAGCACCGAAGACGGAAAGCAGACCAGCAUUCCAUUGAAAGGAACGGGCGAGUGUAUCCACCGCUGCGUUCGCGUGCGUAUCGAUGGAGGUGGGAAAGGACCAGAAGAAAAUACUGACGAUACAGUCUUGGAGAAGGCGUUCACGCUGAUUAAGAAGGCGGCUGGCUUCCAUCCUGACAAUACUGAGGAGGCGAAAUUCUACAACAGUCCUGGGUUGAAGAACUUUACUUUGGUAGAACCAUCUGUUGUUAAAUCUGCUAAGGAUCCUGCUGGAUCAGCGGCGGGUGUGUAUUGGAAGGGGAAGGACGGGCUGGGGGAUUUACCUGAAGAUGGACUUGGGAAGACGGAGAUUAGGUUGUUGAAGAGGAGUGUGGGUGUGAAGUAA